ACACACACACACACACACACACACACACACACACACACACACACGCACAGCUGCUCGGAACCAUGACAGAAGAUGACGGAUACUGUUGUCGCGGAGGGACAAGUCAAGUUUAGAGAUGGAAAAAAGUGGAAGACUCGGUGGGUCGUUCUUCGGAAGCCCUCUCCGGUCGCAGACUGUCUGUCUCUGCUGGUGUAUAAGGAGAAGAAGAAAGGGAAGGAGAAGAGUAGCGGCCACAAGGAGAGGCUAAAUGUGACACUGGAGGGCAUCUGUGGUGUGGAGCCAGGGACGGGCUACGACGGUGUAUCCUACACCCUCUCCAUCCUCUGCCUGGCACACACGCUGGUCCUGGGCUUCCACAGCCGAGAAGCCCUGCUGGCUUGGGAUGCCCGCAUCCGUUACAGCCUGGGAGAAGUCCACAGGUUCAGCGUCAAUGUGGAGCCAGGUACCAAACUGGAAAGUGGCCCCGCCUCCCUCCACCUGUGCAACAACCUAUUGGUCCUCACUAGGGGCCUCCCUCCUGUUGUCAUUGGCCACUGGAAGUUGUCGGCGUUACGUCGAUAUGGUGCUGUGCCAAAUGGCUUUGUGUUCGAGGGGGGCACUCGCUGUGGAUACUGGGCUGGUGUGUUCUUCUUGUCCUGUUCAGAAGGAGAGCAGAUCAGUUUCCUGUUUGACUGCAUCGUAAGGGGCAUCAACCCCAGCAGGGUCCCGCAUGGCCUGCGACCCGCCCUGCCAGCGGAUCCCUAUGCUGACCCAGCCUCAGCAGAGGAACGGAUCAGCCAGGAGGCAUCAGAUCUGGAGAAAAGACUCAGCAUGUUGUCUCACUGCAGCCUAGCGAGCAGCACAGCCUCCACUUACAGCUGCAGUACAUCUGUUGCCGGGGACGACCACAGCAGCAUCUCCAGCUCCUCCUCCAGCCAAUCAGACGCAAGCUAUGGAAGCAGAAUUCCACUGUGGGCGGAGCCGUUAGCUAGGCCGCACCUCUCCAACGAGACAGCGUCAAGCUCAUCCACGCUGAAGGUUUUGGCCAGCUCAGAUGACCGGCUUUAUGCUGCUGUGAUGGGAAACUCUGGUACUCGUCCGUCCUCCGCCCAGCUCCACCCUCGUGGUCUCCAUGACAGCGGGCGGCAGAGCUCAUUAGACAGUGGGAUUGGGAUAGCGGCAGGCAGUCAGUCGUCUUACUCAGGGAGCUUCUCCUCAUACACAGGGAGUCUGGACACGGCCAGUCAGGGAGGAGGGGAGGACUUUGGCUCCGUGGCCAGUUUACCUGCCCCACCUCCUCUUUCUUCACCUCAUUUCGCUCCUCCCCCCACUCCUCCUCCUCCUCCUUUUCCCUUUCAGUCCAUACAUACCCCAGAGCUCAGUGGUGCUACCUCCUCCUCCCGCUCUUGUGCCUCCAGAUGUAGCUCUUGUCCAUCUCAGGGGCACGGUGAGGAGUACCAGAUCCCCAGCCUGCUCAGACUGCAGUAUGAUACCCCAAGGAGUCUGCUCCAGUCCCUGUCCCUGAGGGAACCCUCAGCCCAGGGAGGCCCACCUGGGCUGGACAGGGACAGCAGGAGCGGUGGGGAUGGGGGUGGUAGCCAGGGACAAGAGUUCAACAACUGCCCCACAGGACCCAGGGCUCAGCGUCAGCCCAUGAUGCAGCGCUCACACUCCUGGGGCAGUGAGAGGGCGCCCUCUGUGGACAGUGAGGGGAGGUCGACACCCAGAUCACCGCUGUUACCUGGAGGCUUUGUUUGUGGAGAAACACAGUGCAGUCAUGAUUUAGACAACUACAUUUCACCAGAGCAGUUGCGGUCUGCAAGGAACAGCUGCUUCACGCCGGUUGACAACUCACCUUCAGGUCCAUCACCUUCUGCAGAUAAACCAGACCCUCCUCUCUGUGUGAGAGAGGAACAUGAUGACAGUGGGGAUGUUGGUAAUAAGUUUGCAGGUCUGAAGAGGUGGCUGCCCUCUUUUCCUCCCUCUGGACCUCCGCCUCUGCCUAUCACACUGAGCAUGCGUCGCCCAACAUCAGCAUGCGGUAUGUUCCAGUCUCACAGUGAAGCUCCUCCAUCUGCACCCCUGGACACCGGGCUACACAGUGACAGCACUGUUAAUUAUGUCAACAUCCCUAUUAGCCCCCUGCCAGCUAGAACUAACAGAGAGCUCCUCUACACAGAGCUGGACCUGCAGGAGCCCAGUUCAUCUCCAGUCUCCAGUCCACACAGUGCUGUCAGAGGUAACACUUUGCAGCUCUGCAGACCCAAAGAGGGCUCCAUCGGGUAUGCCCACCUAGACAUCGCUGCCAUGGAAACAGCUCAGAGAGUGGGGGCGGAGCACGUUCAGGGCAGGCAGGACAGACUGACUCAGCUGGAGAGCAGGCGGAGAGGGCCACCGACCUGACUUUGCUACGCCCAACUCGAUGACACUUCAAAACAGUUCUCAAUGCUGAUUCUCUGCAUUUCUUCGAAUAAGCUACAUUGCUCAUCAAUCAUUGUCAUACUCAUAAAUACACACACAGUACUGCCAGUGAACAGAAAUUCCUGCAAAACAAUCCAUUCCACUAAGAAUAAGAAGAAAAUAGGAAAUGCCUGGGAAGUCUCUUGUAUAGCUGCUUAUGGAUGUUUGUCAUUUCUUUGUGUGUGCAGUUUCCUUCAACCCCACUUGUAUACUUAAAUCAGUGUUCCUACAUUUCACUUGUUGACUUUUACCCCCAAAUUUUUUGGGCUGCAUGGCACUUAUGUCUGCUGAGACAAAUGUCAGAGGGGAAACUGGUUAUAACUGCCUUUAAAAUUCACUUGAAUGUUGGUAGAAAAUGGCCUUAAUCUGAAACCAAAACCUGAUGUUUACCACUGAUAUUCUAGAUAGCAGACACAGAUAUACAGCGAUGUAUUGUGAUGUCACAUUGUAAUUUGUUAAGCUUGAAUUUAUUUCAUAUUCUGGCUAGAUUAACUUUUUUCCUGAUUGGAGCACUGUUUGGGUGUGAGUCUGUUUGUUGUUACCACUCUAACCAAGAGGUCACCAACUGCCAUGGUAUAAAUUCAUAUUAUUUAUCACAGGGUUGGAGCAGAAUAUCAUCACACAAUGAGAUCAAGCCUCCCUCAUCACACUGACACUCUACAAUCGACCGUUAAGAGUCCCAGCUUGCUUGGCUAUCAUUCCACAUCAGAGCUUGAAAGCGUUCGAUUGAAAUAAGCAGCUUAGAGUUAUAUCUCAGGUGCAAAUUACAUUAAUCCAGGCCCAUGUGGCCAAAGCAGGACAUGACUGAGUAAUCAGCCAGCCAGUAACAUUCAUCACUGUAAUCAAUGUCUCUGCUUCUGGUCUGUGAGAGGGCAGGAGUUGAUGAAUGGAAGAGCACAGUGUGUGUUCCAAUUUCUCACCUCCCUCUUGAUAUCAUCGGGACAAAUUGUCCAAUAUCUGACACUAAUUUAUUUUUAUGGUGGUGUUUCCCCACUAGUGUGUCUGAGGAGGAGACGAGGAGAAACAACAAGAGGGGGGGGGGGGGUCAGAAAAAGUUAGUUCUUUACCAAGAAUAGCCUGUUAAUGUCUCUGCAGGAGCUGCUUUCUUCUACAGGAUGUGUAAAUAGUAUUUGCUUUUAUUUAUGCCAAGACAAUAUGAAUAAUAUUAAACUAUAUUUUUCAAAUAUUACUGUUUGUAUGUUGUUGGCACCUGUAUCUUACUGAACAUUAAAGAUUGCUGUUACAUU